AUGCACCCUCAUUGUGAAGGUUGAACUGUGGGCAUGGCAGGAAACGGUAAGCUGCGCCAGUGGCUUAUAGAGCAGGUGGACGGAGGGAAAUACCCGGGGCUGGUGUGGGAGGACCGAGACAAAAGCACAUUUCGCAUUCCGUGGAAACACGCCGGCAAGCAGGAUUACAACCGCGAUGAAGACGCUGCGCUCUUUAAGGCCUGGGCACUGUUUAAGGGCAAAUAUCGUGAAGGGAUUGAUAAACCAGACCCACCAACAUGGAAGACAAGACUCCGUUGUGCACUCAACAAAAGCAAUGACUUUGAGGAACUGGUAGACAAAAGUCAGCUGGACACAUCUGAGCCCUACAAGGUGUAUAGGGUCAUUCCAGAAGGAACAAAGAGAGUGUCAAAGUCUUACGAGAGUCCUUCCACAACCACAAGUCCCCAAAACCUUUCACUGUACCAGCAAUACCCAUCUCUGCAGAGCCAAGUUUCUAACUAUCUGUCUCCCGCUGAGAAAGGAUGGAAAGACUUGCCGGAACAGACUUCACUUUCAGAUUUCUACCACCCUUACAGUCAAAACUCCUACACCCCGCACUGGGAGCAUGGUUACCAGAUCAGUAGCUCAUUCUACGGCUGCGGCUCCUUAGACUAUUCUCCAUCCCCUUUUAACAUAGAGCAGUUCAUGCGAUCAGUGGAAGCCCUGGCUCUUUCUGACCCUAGGCUACAGGUUUCAGUCUACAGUGGGGAAUCUCUGAUCAGAGAUGUGACUGUGUUUAGUGUGGACGGCUGCAGAUUGGCCCCUUAUGUGGAGAACCAGGCAUAUGGAGGGCCCGAACUAGUAUCCCUUCCUCACUGUGAAGGUACAGAGCUUGAGCAUGGUAUUCUGCUCUGGAUGGCUCCCGAUGGCUUGUGUGCCCGUCGUCUUUGCAAUGCCAGGGUCUACUGGGAGGGAGCAUCUGUCAGCUACACAGAUAAACCUAAUAAACUGGAGAGGAACCAGACCACCAAACUUCUGGACAUCCAGCUUUUUAUGACAGAAUUACAGAGCUGUUAUUUACAGGCCCGUCCUUUACCUCGUUUCCAAGCGCUGUUGUUUAUUGAGCAGGACUACAACACUCACCUCAACAAGAAGACCAUAACAGUUCAGGUGGAGCCGCUAUUUGCUCGCCAGCUGCUCCUUCUGAGUCAACAGUACAGCACACACCACAUGAGAAGCCAUGACCAUGCACCACUGCUGUGGGAACAACUGCCCCCUUCUCAGAACUACUAUACAGCCAGCUCUUACCAGCAUAACACUCAGCAGGAUUAAACUCGCU